AUGUCGGAGAUCCCCACGGGAGUGCUCCGCGUCUACUUCCGGGACAACACGUACAAGUCCUUGCAGUUGACACUUGAGACGUCUGUGAAGGAUGUUAUCCAGCGCCUUUGCCAGCGCAUCAUGGCCACGGGCCGGGAAGUGGACCCUGAGAGGCACGAGCUGCUGAUCAUUGCCCCAGGGCCCUUGGGGGAGAGGAAGUUGCAGCCGGCGGACCGGCCACUGGCUAUCCAGGAGAAGGCAGGCUGCGCGGCCUACAAGUUCCUCUUCCGGGAGAUUCCCAAAGAAGGAAUCAGCAACGAGGACGUCGAAGAAAGUGACUGGCCGCUGCCAGUGGCAGAGACUUCCCAGGUGCUGCGCAGUGGGCCGCUGGAACGUCUUGUGCCAAGUGGCUGGCAGAAGUGCACUCAUGCGGGGAAGAGCCUGCUGGAGAAGUUGCUGCCCGAGGUGUCCGGGGGCAAGCACAAGAUGGGGUGCGCGGGUGUUUUGGUGACUCCUGCGGUCUUGGAUCCCACCAGCGGCCAGACUUGGGACAAGAUCUUGCAGGAGAACCCCUGGCUGAAGACCACCAACCUGGUGGCCAAGCCGGAUCAGCUGAUCAAGCGCCGCGGCAAGGCGGGCUUGAUUGCUGUCAACAAGACCUUCGAUGAGGCCAAGCAGUGGGUCAUGGAUCGCAUGUGCAAGGAGCAGAAGGUGGAGCACGUGACCGGGCAGCUGACGCACUUCCUCAUCGAGCCCUUUGUUCCCCACAAACAGGAGCAGGAGCACUACAUCUGCAUGCUGUCCCACCGCUACCACGACGAGAUCCUCUUCUACCACGAGGGCGGCGUGGACGUGGGCGACGUGGACGCCAAGGCCGAGAAGUUGGAGUUGGCGACGGGCGAGGCCAUGACCGAGGCAUUGGUCACUGAGAAGCUGCUGAGCAAGUUGCCUGCGGCCAAGAAGGCAAACAUGGCGUCCUUCAUCUGCAGCCUCUACAAGUUCUACGGGGACCUGCACUUCGCAUACCUGGAGAUCAAUCCAUUGGUGAUGCUGGACGACAACACGGUGAUCCCUCUGGACAUGGCCGCCAAGAUCGAUGAGACGGCCAACUUCCUGGUGGCCCAGAAGUGGGGUGAGCUCGACUGGCCCCCUCCCUUCGGGCGCGCGGCCUAUCCGGAGGAGGCCCUGAUCCACGAGAUGGACGGCAGGACGGGGGCCUCCUUGAAGCUGACGAUCUUGAACGAGAAGGGCCGAGUUUGGACCAUGGUGGCCGGAGGUGGGGCCUCGGUGGUGUAUGCGGACACGGUGGCGGACUACGGCAUGGGACAUGAGCUGGCCAACUACGGUGAGUACUCUGGAGCACCCUCCACUGAGGAGACCUUUGUCUAUGCCAAGACCUUGCUGUCCCUGAUGAUGAAGUACAAGCACCCGGAGGGCAAGUUCCUCAUCAUCGGCGGCGGCAUCGCCAACUUCACAGAUGUGGCCGCCACCUUCACCGGCCUCAUCAAGGCCCUGCAGGAGUACGCGGAUGACAUCAAGGAGCACAACAUCAAGAUCCUGAUCCGCCGUGCGGGGCCCAACUACCUGGAGGGCCUGCGCAAGGUGAAGGCGGCCAGCGACAAGCUGGGCCUGGGCAUCAAGGUCUAUGGCCCUGAGACCCACAUCACGGCCAUCAUCCCCAUGGCCCUGGGCCUCAUCAAAGAUCUGCCGGAGCCCGACCUGUCGGCGCCCUGCGGGCCGCCGGUACGGAAGAUGAUUGACCUGAAGGGCAAGAAGCCCACGCCCAAGGGCCACCCAGCGGCCCCUGCAGGCACCAAGCACACCUUGGUCACCGCCACGCCGGACACCACCUGCAUCGUCUACGGCAUGCAAAACCGGGCGGUGCAGGGCAUGCUGGACUUCGACUACAUGUGCAAGCGGAAGCAGCCCUCGGUGGAGGCGAUGAUCUUCCCCUUCUCCGGGAACCACUACGUGAAGUUCUACUGGGGCACUGAGGAGAUCCUGAUGCCGGUCUACACCACCACCAAGGAGGCGGUGCAGAAGCAUCCCAAGACCUCGGUCUUCGUGAACUUCGCCUCCUUCCGCUCGGUGCACGAGACCACCAUGGAGGCCAUGAACCACGGCAACCUGAAGACGGUGGCCAUCAUUGCUGAGGGUGUGCCGGAGCAGCAAACCAGGGACAUCAUCAAAGUUGCGGAGAAGAAGGGCGUGGGCAUCAUUGGCCCGGCGACCGUGGGAGGUAUCAAGCCCGGGUGCCUGCGCAUUGGCAACACCGGUGGGAUGUUGGAUAACAUCGUGAUGUCCCGGUUGUACCGCCCGGGUUCGGUGGCCUACGUCUCCAAGUCUGGAGGCAUGUCCAAUGAGCUCAACAACAUCGUGGCACGCAACAGCGACGGCGUCUAUGAGGGCGUGGCCAUUGGCGGCGACCGCUACCCUGGCAGCCGAUUCCUCGACCACUUCCUGCGAUACCAGGAUGACCCCAAGGCCAAGAUGCUGCUGCUCCUGGGCGAGGUGGGCGGCACCGAUGAGUACGACCUCAUUGAGGCGAAGAAGAAGGGCCGCAUCACCAAGCCCGUGGUGGCCUGGUGCGUGGGCACUUGUGCCUCCUGCUUCACCACCGAGGCGCGAGGGGACAUGGAGACCGCGGCGGCCAAGAACAAGGCCAUGCAGGAGGCCGGGUUCCACGUGCCGGAGUCCUUCGACAAGCUGCCCGAUAUGGUCAACCAGGUGUACACCCAGCUGGUGAUGGACGGCGAGAUCGUCGAGACCCCGGAGGGCGAGACCCCGCAGGUGCCCAUGGACUACACCUGGGCCAAGAAGCUGGGCAUGAUCCGGAAGCCUGCCAACUUCAUCUCCUCCAUCUCAGAUGACCGUGGUGAGGAGCUGACCUACUGCGGCAUGUCCAUCUCCGAUGUCUUCACCAAGGACAUUGGCAUCGGCGGCGUGCUGUCCUUGCUCUGGUUCAGACGCCAGCUGCCCGAGUACUGCACCAAGUUCAUCGAGAUGAUCUUGAUGGUCACUGCAGACCACGGUCCGGCUGUGAGCGGGGCUCACAACACCAUCGUCACCGCCCGCGCGGGCAAGGACUUGGUGUCCUCCCUUUGCAGCGGACUGCUGACCAUCGGCCCUCGCUUCGGGGGAGCCUUGGAUGAUGCCGCCAAGAUGUUUGCGGACGCGCAAAGCAGCGGCGUAGCGCCCAAGGAGUGGAUCGACAAGAUGAAGAAGAGCAACCAGCUGAUCAUGGGCAUCGGCCACAGGAUCAAGUCCUUGGCCAACCCGGACCAGCGGGUGGAGAUCAUCAAAGGCUUCGCCAAGAAGAACUUCAAGUCCACGCCGGUGCUGGACUAUGCCCUGGCGGUGGAGCAGAUCACCACCAAGAAGAGGGCCAACCUCAUCCUCAACGUGGACGGCUGCAUCGCCGUGUCCUUCGUGGACAUGAUCCGUUCCUGCGGCGCCUUCUCCAAGGAGGAGUGCGAUGACCUCAUGGCCUUCGGCUGCCUCAAUGGCCUGUUCGUGCUGGGCAGAUCCAUUGGCUUCAUCGGACACUACCUGGACCAGUUGAGGCUCAAGCAGCCUCUCUACCGCCACCCCUGGGACGACAUCACCUACAUCCAGGAGCUGGCCGGCCAGGGCCCAGAGUGAACCUAGAGAGACAAAAGUCGCACGGCGUGUGCCGAAACCGUGGCGAAAGCUGCACGGUGCACAUGGCACUUAGGUUUUGCAUUCGUUAUUUUCCAUGGAAGUGGGGACGCUUGAGGUGUGCCUUGCUUUCAAUCUUUCUCCCCUAGUGGCUUUUCCAGACAGAUACAAUUAAUGUAUUCAAAGGAGCACGGCAAAAGGCCCGUGGACCAGUUGACAUGCGGCUGGAAGAGGACCAAGGUGGUUCAAGCCCGACGCGUUC